AUGAAUCUUAAGAACUCGUCGCAUUCACAGCCGACGACGGCGAGGAAAGGGAGGAAUUACGGGGGAAUGGUCGGUAGCUACGCGGCGGAGUGCACGGCGGUGGCUUGCUGCUUUCCGCUUGCAAUGGUGGAUAUGCUUUUCCUGGGCCUUUACAGGGUUCCCGCCGGACUUUGCAAGAAGGCCAUCGGAAAGAAGAAACGAAACCGUCAGAACCUAGGCCUGCAUCCUACAACGCCGGUGGAGGAUCUGGACCGGAUGGUGAAAGGAAAGCUAAGUGGGGAAAACGAGGUUGACAGGUCCAAGGAAACCGUCGAUCCGGAGGAGAAGUUAAUGGAAGAGCUUCCAAGAACCGGGUUCUGGAGGGAACCUUCGGGAAUAGAGACGUAUGACGUACCCGCAGCAACGAGGCGAUUUGACUAA